UGUUUACACACAUCACACAUACUGUACGCACACUGACAGAAUGUGGGUGAAAAUUUAAUUUUUAGAAUUUCAAAAAAGUAGAGCAAUUAUAUUCUAAAGUAUUGUUGCUAUUAAACGUUCCCCAUUGUUAACUCGCAAUUACUUUAGUGAAUUAUAACCGUAAAGGUCUCAGGAGUGAAGCUGAAGGACAAAAGAUGUUGAACCGUGAUUUCUUCCACGUCAUCUUUAGUCAUCUCGGAUGAUUUAAUUGCGGAUUAAUCGGUUGUUUGUCUUUUUGCAGGGUGUCCAAAAUCCCUGUACGCGUGUGCUGUGAUUUGUGACAUGACCCAAAAAUUACAUUCUGUCAACCAUCAUAAAUCAUGAGUUGGUUCCAGUCUACAAAUAUUGCAUCCUUGGCAAAAACUGCUUUUAAGGAGGCACAAAAGACAAUCGAUAAGGCAUUGGAGAUAAGUGAAGUUGCGGAACCUGAUGGAUCUUCCUUAUCAUCUUCAACGUCAGAGAAAGUUGCCGCUGUGACAGAAGCUGCAAGUGACUUUUUCGCAUCAUGGGGAGUGGGUGCUGCAAAGAAAGCAUCAUUGAAAUCUGCGACGGUUGAAGAUUUAGACUCGUCAUUAUCAAUCACAGAUCAACCUGGUAAAAUUAGUGCAACACCGGCGCAACAUAAAAGAUCCCAGUCUCUCGAAGUGUCAAAGUUGAGCAGUAAUAAGGGCAGUGGUAGUAGUAACCAAAGCGAAUCGUUGGUCACGGAUAUUCCGGUGACUUUGAUACCACACCCACAAGUAGAAGAAAUUAUCGUACCACCACCGGAAUCAGAAUCUUCUUCCUCCUCCUUUAACCAUCUUCAUCAUCAACGUUCCUUAAGUGAUACAAUAUUUAAUUUAACCAGUGAUUUUCAUGAGUCUGUCCAAAUCCUUGAUGAACCAGAAGAGAAUAAAGACAUCCCCACGCCCACACCUACUACAGCUACCACCACUGACCCCAAUAGUACCACUAGUAUUUUAGAAAGUGAAAGCAGGACGACACUUGUUUCGCAACAACCUGAUAAUAAUAGUAGUGUUGGUAAUCCGACAACGUCGGAAAAUGAAGAACAAGAAGAGACUUUAACCACAGUUGAUUUAAAUUCUCCAUCCACGACUACCACCAAUACCACCACAGCAAUACACGACUUGUCUUCAUCCUGGGGUUAUCAAAAUUCAGCAACGAUCAACUCUUCUUUAAGCAAUAAUGUUCUAUUCAAAAAUGAUACAACCACCACCACUACUACUGGAUUUGACAGCAGCAGUUGGAGUUGGACCGACGGGGCUGAAGAAAAUGAAUCAAAUACAAUGUCCCGGUUUGAAGAUGUCGAACUUCCGGAUAAUGAAAACAUUGAGAAUAACACUUCUUUGUUAUUAUUAAAUAUCGAUCCUCCGCAAGAACAACCUGCCCUGGAUUCUGAGACGGCUCAGAGUCCAAAUCAGGAAAAUUCAUCACUAAUAGAUCUUCAAAAUGAUGAGACCGAUGAAAGCCAAUUGGAGUCUUCCUCCGGGACAGUCUUGUUCGACACUUCUGCUGCGACAACGACGACAACCACGACCGAGAGCAAUGAUAAUAUUAAUGACCCUGAUAUUGAUGGUGAUGAUAAAACCUCAAAGCCGUGUAGUCCCCCAGCCAGUUCAAUUUCUGCUAUAGACUCUCCCCGGUCAUCGUCGCCACCUAUGCACAACGAUGACCAAGAAGUCGAUAGUCGAAGAGGAAGUCCAGAAGGAAACAAUUUUGAAAUGUUGUCUCAUCAUCAUCAUCAACAUACUUCUUCUAAAUUAGAGUGUCAUCCUGGUCCGGAUUUUCUUCCUGAAAGCAGUAGGAGUAGUAGCAUAGUGGUUGUAUCUUCAGCAAGGGCGUCUUCCGGUGGAUCUGGGUCAACAGCGAGUACGGGAUCUGGUGAUAUGCAUCGAGACAUUGUUGAUGGGCCGACAGGAUAUGAACGGGUCGAUUUUCCUUCAUCGACUCAAUCUUCUGACCCAACGUCGCCGGAAUUUAUUAAGUCGAAACACAGAAAAGGUCCAUCUUCUGCCUCUUCUUCCGACAUUGAGGUCAUACUGCUUUCAUCCGAAUAUUCUCGUGUUUCACAGAUUGAUGAUCAGGUGAAGUUGGUCCCAAUUGUAUCGUCAAUUCAUCAACAAACGUCGAUUGACUUUCAAGACCAAGGAACGCAGACUGAAGAAGAAAUCAACCAAAACCAAGCUACUCUUGCUGCCAACGAAAUCCCAAAUCGCAUGAACACUGAAAGCAUCUCAGAAAAGGAUCAAAUGAUUAGCGAAUUGCGAGAAGAAGGAGAAAAGCUAUCAAAGAAGCAAUUUGAACUAACGCAAGUCAUAAAGAAACUUCGUGCCAAAGAGAAAGAAAUUGAAAACACUGUUAAAACCCUAAAAGGCGAAAUUGCUGGAAAAAAUGUGGAGAAUGAUCGGCUAACGAAGAGUUUCAUCAAUAAAGAAUCCGCUGAGAAAAUGUUGAGUGAUCAAGUUCAAAAAUUAACUGCAGAAAAGAGAACGCUUGACUUGAAAAUUGAACAAAUACAUUCCGAAUUGGAAGAUGCGAAAGAAAAUUGUUCCACAAUGAAAGCGUCGGUUGAGGAUGCUUCUGUUGAAAUUCUGGAAUUAAAGAAUGCUAUUUCCUCCGCCCAACGAGACUCGACUGAACUGGACAAUUUGACACGAGAAAAGUCUGACCUAAUGUCUAGAAACGAUUCCCUUCAAAAGGAACAGGAUAAUUUGCGGUCCACCAUUAAUUCCAACCAAGGCAAAGCAUCCAAAAGGGAAACUGAACUUCAGAAUCAAAUUGCUAUCCAAACUAGAAAAGUUCACGAGUUAGAAAAUCAACUGGCUGACGUCUCAACUGAAGUAGCAGACACCACGAUGCCACUGUCACUUGAAAUAGAAAAACUUCAAAUGGAACUAAAGCACUCUCAGGCCAGUUCUGAGAAAAGAGAAAGCUUUCUUUCUUCCCAAGUCAUGAAUUUAGAGUCAAAAUGGAAAAGUUCUGCCGAGAAGGAGAGAGCACUAAAGGAUCAAGUUGCAACACAGGAAGGGACAAUUUCAUUACUAGAGAAAAAGAUUCAAGAAUUUGAAGUUGAAAAUCGUAACCUAAAAAGAGACGCUUCAUUCCGGGAAGAAAAUGAACAUAAGGGAACCCAAGAGAAACUGGCUAAAAUUUCCAAACUGGAAGCACAGAUGGAAAAAUUUACGACAGAAAUAGAAAGACUGAACCAAGAAAAUGAACAGCUAGGAUUAGAACUAAAAUCUGAAAAAGCAUCUUUGGAACAAGAACGCAAAAGGAAUCAAAACUUGCUCGAACAGUCAGCGUCUUCUACUAGUGGCGGCGGUGUUAGAAAUAUAAAUCAACAUAAAAUUAGUACAGUUUCUAAUCCAGCCACAAAUAAUGGCAACCUUGUGAUAAAAUCUGGCGAAAAUUCUCCUAGUUGUAAUUCCGUUACGAGUGAGGCUUCCUAUUUGGAUGAAGUAUUUGAUCCUCAUGGUCAAAUACUUGGACAUCGAGGAGGUACGAUCACGCCUCGCUCAUAUUAUGACUCGUAUUCAUCUACAGGACUGCUGGAACACUUGCAAAGUCAAUUGAGACUUCGGGAAACUGAGGUCAUACAAUUUCAAGAUGAAAUUCAAAAGAAUGAGAAAAUUAGAAAAAGCUUGAAUGACGAAAUUGCCAAACUUACCAUGAGAAACCAUGAAUUCCAAAUGGAAGCUGAGAGGCUUUUAGAGCUUGAACCAAAAUUAAGGGAACUUGAUACAAAUUACAACGCAUUGCUUCAGUUGUAUGGUGAAAAAGUCGAGGAAGCCGACGAACUGAGGUUGGACCUUCAAGAUGUCAAAGACAUGUAUAAGACUCAAAUUGAGCAACUAUUGAAGAGAUAGAGUCAAGAUCGGGGUCAAAUCUAUUCAGCUUUUUUCUAUCCUAAUUUGUUUGUACAUAUAUUAUGCAUAUUACCAACUAAUUAUUAAGUAAGGUGCUACUCUCUGCUACUCUUUGGAUAAGUUAAUACAGCAAAAGUCAAUAUUAUACUAGUGCAGUAACUAUUAUUAUUACUAUAUUAUUAUGAUGAUUACAAUAUAUCGUACGCAUAAUGUUUGGAUAUUUUAAUGAGUGGAAAGGAGAGGUGCCUAUUACAUUUAUUAUUAUCAUGAUACCUACACGGUGUAGGCUACACCUAUUUUAUUGAGUUAGUUAGAACCAGACUUUUAAUAAUGAGAACGUUAUAAACAGGAAGAGUCAAAGAAAAACAAGUGGAAAUCUUCUGUCCAUUUUAUGUUUCAAAUAGUUUUAUUUAUACUUGUUGGAACGAUGAUUGCAAUAUUAAACUAAAAAUUAUACGCA